AUGUUGCAAGCACUUUCCAGAUCCAGCAUCCGUGGCUUUGCAUCCGCGGCUAGAGUCGGAAAGCCAGCCGCUACCGUCACCGAAUAUUUGACCACAGGAGGUUCCACUCAAUCGGUGUGGCCAAAAGGUUUCAGACAACCAACACCAAAGACAUGGGAGGAGUCCGGCGAGUCUGCUUUGCUGAAAGCCACCAAAUUCUUCUUCUUGUCGGAAAUUGCCCGAGGCAUGUACAUCUGUAUGGAGAUGUACUUCCGUAGUCCUUAUACCAUUUACUACCCAUACGAGAAGGGACCCAUCUCUCCCAGAUUCAGAGGAGAGCACGCUUUGAGACGUUACCCAAGCGGUGAAGAGAGAUGUAUUGCAUGCAAGUUGUGUGAAGCCAUCUGUCCAGCACAGGCCAUCACCAUCGAGGCCGAGGAGAGAAUCGACGGAUCGAGAAGAACUUACAAGUACGACAUUGACAUGACCAAGUGUAUUUACUGUGGAUACUGCCAGGAGUCGUGUCCCGUGGAUGCCAUUGUGGAGUCUCCAAACGUGGAGUACUCGACCGAGACUCGUGAGGAGUUGUUGUACAAUAAGGAGAAGUUGUUGGAGAACGGAGACAAGUGGGAACAGGAGUUGCAAUACUGUAUUGAUGCAGAUGCUCCAUACAGA